AUGGCAUUUGGUAGCUCAACUUUGACCAGGUACUGGAGGUUGCUGUUCGUUUAGUGUUGUGAUUUCAGUCUCGUAGCUAGCGUCGACGAAUAGGGGUCGGUGGUCGGAGAUAGACUUACUUUUGUCAACGAUGCCAAGAAUGGAGGACAUUCUAAACCUUCCAGUGCAAGAUCCUCCUUGUCCUGAAUUUUCUGCUGCUCAUAUAAAGUGGGUAAAAGUAGAAGGUGGUCGCCAAGGUGGUGAUGAUAUUGCUUUGAUUCCUUUUGCCAGAGUGGAUGAUUUUGUUAAAGGAGAGUCUUCCAAUGCAGAAUGCCCUGCUAACUUCCGCAUAGAAUCAAGAAGAAAAAGAUCUGAAGGGAGCAUCAGUAAACCGAGGGUUGAUGGAUAUCUCGAAUACACACUAUAUUGGUGUUCUUAUGGUCCUGAAGACUACCGAGAGAGUCAAUCAGCUUUUAGGGAUGGCACAAGUACCAAACCUGCUUCAGGAAAGGGGAGCAGGCCAGGAAGGCGUCACAUGAUGAGGGGCUGCCUAUGCCACUUUACUGUUAAGAGGUUAUACAUGCGACCCCUGCUUGCCCUCAUCAUAUAUAACCAAAGAAGACACGUGGAUAAAACAGGGUCACCUUGUCAUGGGAUGCUUGACAGAAAUGCUGUAGGAACAAGAGCUAUGUAUGCCCCACGAAUUUCAGAUGAGUUACGUCAAAAAGUGAUGUCUAUGCUUUAUGUUGGAAUAUCAUUGGAUGACAUAAUACAGCACCACACAGAGGUGAUGCAGAAGCAAGGUGGACCACAUAACCGUGAUGAUUUUCUCACUCGAAACGAUGUGCGCAACAUGGAAAGGAUUAUUCGUAAUUCUACUCAUGAACUGCAGGAAAAUGAUGAAUACAGUGUAAGGAUAUGGGUUCAACGCCAUCAGAAGCACGUUUUCUACUUCCAAGACAACUCUGUUUCAGAAUCCUUUGUCUUGGGAAUACAGACUGAUUGGCAGUUGCAGCAAAUGCUUCGUUAUGGACAUAAUAGUUUCAUCUCUUUUCAUUCAGCAUUUGGCUCAAAGAAACUUAAGUUUCCCCUUUGUUCUUUACUUGUUUUCAAUACAUCCCAAAAUGCAAUUCCAGUUGCUUGGAUUAUCACAUCAUCCUCAGUUAAUAAAGGCAUACAUAAGUGGAUUGGGUUGCUAUGUGAAAGAAUAAGAACCAGGGAUGCCAGAUGGAAGCCUAGUGCCGUGUUGUUGGAUAAUCCAUCCUUUGACUUUUCUAUCAUAAGAGAGGCUUUUCAAUGUCGCAUCCUAUUAUGCACCUGGCAUGUUCGCCGUGCUUGGAUUAAAAAGCUUCAAAAGAAAUGCAGCAACAUUGAGGUGCAACGUGAGAUGUUCAGGCAUAUGGGUGGGAUUUUGUACAGUGCAAGAUGUGGGCCUAGUGUUGUAGAAGCCAUUGAAGAGUUCAUGCAAAUAUUUGUUGAUCAGUGUGGCUUCAUAGACUAUUUCAAGAGCCAUUGGCUAUCAAAUAUAGAUAUGUGGGUUAAUGGCAUAAAGUCACUCCCUGUAACAACUCCAGACUUGCAUGCUGCAAUAGAAUCCUAUCACCUAAUACUAAAGUCCAGGCUUCUGAAGGAGAAUUAUGCUAAUUUCUGGCCAAGAAUCGAUUGGCUAAUCCACACUUUAACUACUGAAUUUCACUCGUUAUACUGGCUAGACCAGUACAAUGUAGAAACAGGGUAUUUUGAGAAUCUAUGGGAAAAUUAUUUCUCCUCCAAUGCUUGGUAUCUUGCUCUCCACAUUCCAGAUGUUGAUGUACUACUGGAUGAUCAAAAUCUCCAUUUUGCAAAGAUCAUAUCACAGACAGACAGAAGCUUGGUGUAUACAGUUUGGAAUCCUGGUUCAGAAUUUUCACUUUGUGAUUGUUCCUGGUCUAAGCUGGGAAAUCUCUGUAAACAUGUCAUUAAGGUGGCAACUUUCUGUAGAACUCGGCAGGUUGCAAGGCCAUUAUUGUCUGCUCAAGUUUAUAAACAGGCUUUGCUUAAUCUUCUUCAUAACCCCCCAGAUGAUCCUUUAGUUCUUGAUCAUGCCAUUCUACAUGUGGCUCGAUUGCAGCAAGACAUUAAAUCCUUGGAAGACUUGUCGAACAAUGGAUUGCUGCAGCCUUUACCAUCUGAUUUGAGUUCUCAAAUGGCAGAAAAUUCUCUGCUUUUUCAGCAUCUCCACUGACUAGUCCAUCAGAAACAGGGAAACAAGAAACUUUGUUUGGAGUAAAAUUGAUCUUCUUGUGCGUGCAGUAAUCCAGCAAGGGUUAGAAUUUGUUCCUAGAGCAAUUAACGUUGCAUGAGUUCAAAAGGAUAUACUUCUGCUUUUGAAAGUGGUGACUAUAUCAUUCAUUUCAUGAAAUCACACCAUUCUGCCUGCAUAAGUUAAUGCUGCACAGUACUGCCUACACUCUCGAAUAUUCCACCUAAUUAUUUUUUCGGUGGGUGAAUGUGUACUUUGCUCCACGGUCAUUAUGAUAGCAUGUCCAAGCUACUGUCUCACAAACUUUAUGGUAAGUGCAUCGCCUUUUUAGCCUUCUAGGGAUGUGGAGGAUCUCCAGGAUGUCAAAAGAAAUGGAAAGGGCAGGAAUAGAAGGAUCCUAGUAAAUAAAGUCCCCUCGAAUUUAUUCUUUUCUGGUCCCAAGACAUCCUUAAAAUUCAAGCGAAGCUGCGUUUGGUGUGCCAUGGACACUUCAAGGGAUCAUUCACAAAUCUGAUCACUGCACAGAAAGUGCAAGCUCUUAAUUUUCAGAUUAUUGUGAUUUAUCUCACAAAUUCAUGUUCGGCGUUUUGCUGCUUACCAUCCCUGGUAAAUCUUUCCUUUUUCAUUGUUCCUAUCAAAUAUGCUGAAAACUCUGGAUCUUCGACAGCAACUGGGACUGGGAGUUCCAUCGAUUGGUCAUUUGGUUCGAGAAAGUGAUUUUAAGUUCAUGACAUCGUUUGGUAAUGUACAUUGGAGGACCCGACCUAAUAGAUAUUUUUGAGUUUUGCCCUCUGAAUUUUUGCAACUUCAUUGGCGUUGUUUGAAUUUGUAUAUAGUGUAAAAAGUAAAUAUGUAUUUGGCUUUGGAGCUGAAUGUGUUACAUUCAUGCUGGCUCCCUGGCUCCCUGGCUGUAGUUUCUUUCGUGGCUCUGGCUGAGUAGCAUUUACGUACGAUUCCAAUUACUUCAAAUACUCUAUCAUUUGUUGGGGACCC